AUGGAGCAGAAUGGUGGCGUGAUCCUGAAUCGCACAUCAAUCCCAAAGGAUAGGGUGCACAGGGUAGCUAUCAUAUGCGGGGACCAGAAGCGAUUUGAAAUGUUCAAACGUGAGGUCACCAACUACAGGGAGUUUGGUUACUACUCGUGCUGGAAGGCGGCGGAGUUUGAAUACGACGGGGAAUACUUCCUGCUGGCUUGCCACGGAGUGGGCAGCCAGCCCACUGCGGUCUUGGUUAGGGAGCUCAUCGAACUUGGCGUGAAGUGCAUCAUUCGCAGUGGCACCAGCGGAACCUUCAUGCCGCAGAAGCAUGUCAUAGGGGACAUCUGCAUCUGCUACGGCUGCAUCAGGGGCGACUCGACCACCAGGAACGAUAUCGACAUCGCGUUCCCCGCCGCUGCGCACCCCGACGUCGUGGAGGCGCUCAGGAACGCCAGCGAGGAGCUCAAUGUGCCCACCCACAUGGGCCUGUGCUACACAACCGACCUCUUCUAUCGCACCGGAAUCCUCGGCGAGGACCCCAAGAUGCCGUUUGUGAAGUGCGGCGUAGCCAUCGAGGACACCGACAACUCAGCCAUGUUCACGCUCUGCAACAUAUACGGCAUCAGGUGCGGCGCCAUUUGCACGAUUGACGGGUGCCCGUUUGAAUGGGUGAUUGGCAACUACGGGCCGCACACUCCGCAGAUGGCCAAAGGCAAGGAGUUCAUGAUCAAGGUGACCGUCCGCGCGGCUGCGGAGGUGACGCGCCAAAUCAAGGCGGAAGAGGCGCAGGUGGCAGCGGCCGCCUGA